AUGGCAGAAAUAGACAAGAAACACGAUCCAAUCUCAGAGUCUGUGGGACCGGCUGUUGAGUCCAGCGUCGAGAAGGGAGAUGUCUCUAGCGAUCUUGAUCUUCUGGGUUUUUGCUAUCGCUUUCAGUAUCAUGGCUCUCUUGCCAUCGAUUGCCUCGACUCUGUCGUUCUCUAUGCCAGCUGGGCCUGUUGGGAUGGUUUGGGUUGGCUGGUUGCGAGCUUCUUCAUCAUGCUUGUUGGUCUUGCGAUGGCCGAUUUGGCGUCUGCAAUGCCAACAGCCGGAGGUCUAUAUUUCUGGACACACUAUUUCGCAAGUGACAAGUGGAGGAAUCCGUUGAGUUUCGUCGUUGGGUACAGCAAUACCCUCGGUUUGGUGGGUGGUUUAUGUUCAAUCGACUAUGGAUUUGCUCUGAUGCUGCUCUCGCUCGUCUCAAUUGCAAGAGAUGGUGAGUGGUCAGCCUCUCGCCCCGUGAUUUAUGCUACCUACCUCGGAACCGUCGCCAUACACGGUGUCAUGGCCACAUUCAUGGGGCGCAUCAUGAAUCAUAUCCAAACCGUCUGUAUUUUCCUCAACGUUGCUCUCGUCGUGGCAACUGUGAUUGCUCUUCCAGUCGGUAACGCACAGAACGGUCUCCCCAUCAAUUCCGGUAAAUACGUGUUUGGUGAUGUGGAGAACCUUACAACUUGGUCUAGUGGAUGGACUUUUAUGCUUGCCUGGCUGUCACCUAUCUGGACCAUCGGCGCAUUCGACUCGUGCGUACACAUGAGUGAAGAGGCGACUCAUGCUGCUCGAGCUGUCCCGCUGGGCAUCAUCCUUUCCAUUGGUCUUUGUGGUAUCCUGGGCUUUUUGUCGUUGGCCGUCAUUGCUGCUUGCAUGGACCAAAACAUCACCAAUGUGCUGGGAUCUGCCUUUGGACAACCCAUGGCUCAAAUUUACUAUGACUCUCUUGGGAAGUCAGGUGCUCUUGGCUUUAUGGCUGUUGUUGCGAUUGUUCAAUUUUUCAUGGGGUUGAGUAUUUUGGUCGCAGCAUCUCGUCAAACCUGGGCAUUCUCUCGAGACGGUGCUCUCCCCUUCUCCGACUUCUUCAGACACGUCAGCAAACGCAUUCAAUACCAGCCCGUUCGGACCGUUUGGGGUGUUGCCAUCAUCGCUAUUCUUAUUGGACUCUUGACUCUUAUCGACGCCGCCGCAGCAAAUGCCCUCUUCUCUCUUGCCGUUGCUGGUAACGACGUUGCUUGGGGUGUGCCCAUCCUCUGCCGUCUGAUCUGGGGUGACAAGACAGGCAAAUUCCGUCCUGGAGAGUUUUAUACUGGGGUUUUCAGCAAACCAAUUGCUUGGACAGCGGUUGCAUAUCUCCUUUUUGCUAUUGUGCUAUGCAUGUUUCCGACGGGUGGAGCGGAUCCGACUCCGGACAAUAUGAAUUAUACUAUUGUGAUCAACGGUGCAAUCUGGAUUGGAGCAGCACUUUACUACUUCCUAUUCGCCAGAAAGUGGUAUACUGGACCAAAGUCAACAGUUUCUUAG